ACUCAAACCUAUGUAGAUAUGUAUGUAUGUUUGUGUCUGUGUAUUGAUGUUUAAGCCUAAUAGAAUAAAUAAAACUGUUUACAUCUAUGGUGUAGUGUACAGAGAAUUCACUGACAUGGUAAAAACACUUUUAUUAACGUAUGAUGCAGGAUGUCUCUUAGUCCAGAGUGAUAAACUGAAAUAUAACGUCCCUUUAGUACACUGCUGCCAUCAUGUGGCAAUGAGUUUGAGCUACACCUCCACCAAAGCUAUCGUUCAUCACCUGUUGUUGGUGUUUCCAUGGCAACAGUCCUGUGUUACCUGGGGAAGGUGAGAAGCAGUCGAGGUAAACAGAACAGAGGACGACAGAGCAAACAUGAAUAGCCUCUUUUCCAGGGAUGUGCAGGUGAAGAGCAUGGAGCAAACAGUGAAACAUGCUGAGAAGCACCUGGGUGAGAUCUGCUCCCUGCUGGCCUCGUACACCAGGAAGACAGCCAAGCUAAGAGAUAAGGCAGACCUGCUGGUGGCUCAGCUCUUUGACUUCUCCAGCACAGAGGACCCUGAGCUCCAAAUCGGACUUAAAAACCUGGCUGAGGAUCUCUCCAUGGUGCAGGAUUACAGACAGGCUCAGGUAGAGAGACUGGAGACGAGAGUUGUUGCUCCUCUAAAAGCCUAUGGAGACACCGUGAAAAACAAAAGGGUAGAUCUAAAGAAGUUAAGCACCGAUCUGAACAAGGAGCUGAAGGAGUUGCAGAAGUUGGAAAAAAUGCGACUGAGGAACCCAGCAGAUCGACAAGGCAUUUCUCAGGCAGAAGUAAAUGCUCAGAAGGCUUCCAACAAUGCCCAGCGCAGCAUCAGACAACUGGAGGAGACCAUCACAGACUUCCAGAGACAAAAACUGGAGGAUAUGAAAAGGAUUUUCAUUGACUUUAUCACAGUGGAGAUGCUUUUCCAUGCUAAAGCGCUGGAGGUCUAUACACAUACAUACCACAACCUGGAGGGGAUAGACACUCAAAAGGAUCUAGAGCUCUUCAUCGGGCGGAUCAAGAUGUCAGACUCUCUAGCUGGGCGCAUGGACACCCCACUGAGCAGCUACUCUUCUCCCCUCACGAGCAGCUACACCAGCCCUCCUGUGGCCACCGCUAAAAGCCGAAGCCUCAGGUCAACACUGGCCUCUACCAGAGGUCAAAACCUCAGACAACAACACAGCCAGUACCCAGACAGAGCCAGGAGGUCUCGUAGCACCUUACAGCGGCAGAGAGGCAUGGAGGAGGAAGAAGAGCUGGAGGAGGAAGAUGAGGAUGAAGACGAAGAAGAGGAAGAAGAGGAGAUGUAUGAAUCAGAGAUAGAGGACGGUCAGAACACCAGCAGGAAGUCUUAUGCUGCUCAAUAUGCCCAGAUGCACAGAUGGCAAAAGUAACUGCCUGAGCAUGGAAACACGUCUGUACCUGCAAACAGUGCAGCGAUGUAG